GCUGCAUGCGCGCGACCUGGGCGGGCAGCUCACCAUGCAGGCUAAACGCCACACGGCUUCCCUGCUGGGCCUCCUAAAGUCUUUGGAUGACGUGUGGCUACGAAUCCGGAGACUUCCAGUUCCACAGGUGCUCAAGGAGCAGGUCAUCAUUCAGGCCCUUUGGCCGAAAAUCUUCCACGCCACAGGCAUCAACGUGUGCCCUGACCAAGUCAUCUCCAAACUCCGUACCAAGGUGUGCAAAGCACUUGGCCACGGUCUGGCAGGUGCUCAACCUGCGGUCCGCCUAACCCUGCUCAGCUCCAACCCACUACUGGACCCGGGCCUGUACUGCCUCUGGACCACCUUCCGUGACUUCCGGCGCUUGACAUCCAAGCAGCCCUACCUGCUCUUGCUGUGGCAGGACUUCAUGGCGCACUUCUCUGGCCAUCUGCACCCGGGCCCAUUCAGCGUUCUUCUGAACCAGCUGGAGCUCCUUAGCUGGCAUCUGCAUGACCCUCCCUUCGUCUCUGACCACACGGGACAUCAAUUCGACUUCCUUGGUCUUGCGGAAGACCAACUUUGGACGAAGGCGGUGCAUGGGUGGCACCUCAGGCUGUCCCGGACACUUGCUCGGCGCAAGGACAUCGAUGGUCUUCUGGGUCUCGACUGGCGCCCAACUCAACUCGCGCUGCAAAGUCUUCCACCCCUUGCUCUGGCCAGCAUGCAGGCCCUCGUGGAAG